AUGCUUGGAGCAAGAUUCGGGAGGACGCUGGGCUACGGCUUGGUGAGAAACAGGGCGACUCCGUUUGCGAGGUCAGUUCGCUACUAUGACGCCAAGGAUGAGUACGAAGUCAAGGGAUUUCGCAAGUUUAUCGGUCCAUUUUGGGUAAUCACAACUCGACCGUUUCUCAAGAUUUACGGAACUGCCACGUUUUUCUUUUUGCUCUAUUACUAUCCCCUUGAUAAAUACCUCCUGGGCGUUAGGGAAAUCAAGGCCGAACUGGACGCCAAGGUCAGAAAGUAG